CGGGAGGCGAUGAUUCCGGUAGUGAGCUCGGUGUUGCUGGGAAAUGUAGUCCUUGGUGAGGCAGCGGUAGGCGGUGAGAUACCGGAUUUGGAGCUGCUUCUCCGGGGUAGAGAUGAGCUCCAAGAGGAUUCAGAGUGAUCCAGAAAGUGGAGGCGGAGGGAAGAGACGGCUAAAGCAGCAGGAGCCUGCGGGACUCAACCCGUUGUUGCUGGAAACGAAAGAGCAAGUGAGCGAGGCCUGGAGCCGGGGUCUCGAGUACUCACAUGAGAAGGGUCUGCUGGUGGGCAUUCAGCCGUUUACACACUGUGUGAUAUCAAAUUUUAUCCAGAGUCAAACAUUCCUGGAAGGGCUUAAGAAUGAGCUUCUAAAGCUGAACUUUCAUGAAAAAUCGAAUGAUCUGUAUAAAUUCAAGCAGUCUGAUGACCUGCAGAAGAAGAAAGGAUAUCAUAUCUCAGCAUUAAGGAAGGCUCUCUUUGAAGACUUACGUACAUGGUUGUCAGAUAUUGUUGGUAUAAAACUGGAAAGCACAGUGGAUUUAUCCUGUGCUAAAUAUGAAUACACAGAUGUGUUGCUCUGUCACGAUGAUGAGUUAGAAGGACGGAGAAUAGCAUUCAUCCUGUAUCUUGUUCCUGAGUGGAGAACAAGUGACGGUGGCACUUUGGACCUUUAUGGUGCAGAUGAACAUUAUCAGCCUCAGCAAAUCGCCAAGUCUCUAACUCCGUCAUGGAACACAUUAGUUUUCUUUGAGGUUUCCCCUGUGUCUCACCAUCAGGUUUCUGAAGUUCUGUCAGAGGGAAAGUGCCGCCUUUCUGUCAGCGGUUGGUUCCAUGGGUCAUCAUUGGAGAGGCCACCUCGUUACAUCGAAUCUCUUUCUCCCCGACACCCACAUAUUGCAAGUGAUGAAGAAAUUCUUUAUGACUGGAUCAAUCCAACUUACCUGGAUGUGUCAACUCAAGUUCAUGUCCAGGAUGAGUUUGAGGAGAAAUCAGAGAUACUUCUAAGGAACUUUUUCAAGAAAGAAAAGUUUGAGAUGGUUUGUGAGGCUUUACACAGCUCAGAUAUUAAAUGGGAGAGAAGAGGACCUGCCAACAAGAGAUGCUAUGAUCAAGCAGAGGAAGAUGGCCUCCCUGACGUUCUUGCCAAGUGUAUGAAACUGUUUUGUUCUGAGGCCAUGUUCCUGCUCCUAUCCAAUUUUACUGGCUUAAAACUGCAUUUCCUCGCAACCUCGGAUAAUAAUGAUGAUGAAGAUGAGCAGGAGGCUGAGGUGAAGGAGUCUGAUGGCCAUGAACACACAUGUUCUAGCACUGAAGAAAGAAACAAAUCUGAAUCAACAGAAGAUGAUGGGAGAAGAGAGGGUGAUAAGGUUGGACCAAAGGAAGUUGGGAUGCCAGGAAAGAGUCCCGAAAAUGCCUGCAUGCACAGAAUUGAGUACUGUGAGUUUUAAUGGAUGGUUUAAUUUAAGCUGAUCCAGAUAAGCUGUUCCAGUGACCUAAAUGGAUCGUGGCAUGUCCCGGUGUAGUACUAAACCGUGAGUACUGAUGUUUGUGAAGCAGGUGGGACCGUUGUGGACAUUGAGGAAAAUUUUAACCUGACCUGCCUUUUGGGAAACUGAUGAAAUUGAACGUAACCGUGUCCUGCCCAAUAUUAAUCAGUGCUGAGUUUGUUACAUCCAACACCUGUCCUGGAACUCCCUUCCUAACAGGACUGUGGAUGUACCUACAACAGAUAGACUGCAGUGAUUCAAGAAGGUGGCUCACCACCACCUUCUCAAUGGCAGUUAGGGAUGAGCAAUAAAAGCUGGCCUUGCCAGCGAUGCUCACAUUCCAUCAAAGAAUUCUUAAAAAAUUUGUUCGGUAGUUUAGUUUAACAUUGCUCCCAAUGUUUCAGAAAUUGAUCAUGACUAGAUGAAAACAUGGAGAAGUGUUUAGUAGCAAUGGAGGUGAUGUAUGGGCAUAAAUGGGUAGUUCUCAAGUCAGUCUUGGCAACAAACUGAACAAAGGUUGAACAAACUACUGAGAUUAUGUAUCACUGGUGUUGAUCUCACUUUGCAGCCAGGGUAGUUGAUGGAGUUGGAGGUAUGCCGAUGCUGGCAAUAAUCAAAUAAGGUGACAUCUAUCUUAAUAUUGAACUGCUGGAAAUUUCCCUUGGAUUUGCUGUGGCAGGCACAGCAAUAUCUUGGGAGUUGGCCCUGGUGGUACAUAGUUAAGUGUUAUUGGUAUAAUUUAGAAACAAUGCCCAUGCUUCCACGUGAUAUGACUGAGGGAGUUGCGUGCAGGUGAAGAAUGAGACAAGAAACCCAGAGCUUCCCCGCUGAGCUGGAAAAUGUCACUGUAGAUCGCUCAUGUAUAUGUGAGUACCACUGACACGAGACAAAGACCAACUCACCUGCAUGUUAAUUGGUCAAUGUUCCAGGAAAACUAAAUAAAAAAGGAGAUACGAUCGUAUAAUUAAAAAUACCAGGUCAAGUCAAUGUUUGGUUCUUCAGAUGCUCAAAAGCAAUAGCUUAAAGACUGUGACGGUACUGUGAAGGUGCUUUCAUCAUGUUUGUUCA